AUGGCUCUAAAAUACAAGUCUGAUAAGCAAAUUUAUCCACUAUCAGCUAGAAUCGAAGCGCACGGAGAAUGUGAACAAUGCAAGAACUAUAACACUUCAUUUGCCUGUUAUGUGGAUGUAAUCGAGUGGAUUCCAUUCAAUAGGUUAACCAACUUACGAAAGAUAGGGGAAUUAAGAUUUGCAGCAAUAUGGAUAGAUGGAGCACGAAUGAUCGAAAAUAACACACAAUCACGUAAAGCAUUGUUCGAAGUAGGACUUAAGGCAUUCAACAAUUCUCGAAUGGAAUGGACUAGUGGAAAUAAGGAUAUCGAUGAUCGCAUCAAAAAACUUCAGCUCAAAACUACUAAAUAUGAGAACUUAAUUGAGUGGGUUCCAUUCAAUAGAUUAAUUAUUUUACGCAAGAUUGGAGAAGCAAGAUUUGCGGCAGAAUGGAUAGAUGGAAUACGAAAGGUCGUAAAUAAUGUGCAGUCACGGACAUUUCCAUAUGAAGUUGGACUUCAGGAAGUUGAUAGUUCUUUGGUGCAUAAAUUAGGUUUUCUAAGUAAUCUUCAAUUCCAAAUGACAUUAAAGAAUGACAAGAUAUACGGAAUAACACAGGAUGUGAAAUCCAGUCAAUAUAUGAUUGUAUUUGAUGAUUUUGGAUGGACCAGUGAAAACAAGGAUAUUGAUAAUUGUAUUAAAAAAUUUCAACUUGAAACUGCAAAAUAUGAUGAAGUGAUCGAAUGGAUCCCAUUUAAUAGAUUAACUAACUUACAAAAUACUGGGGGAUCACGAUUCAUAGCGAUAUGGUUAGAUGGAAUACGAAAAGUCAAAAAUAAAAAACAGUCACGAACGUUACCGUAUGCAGUUGAACUUCAUACAUUUGAUAAUAUUAAAAUGGAAUCAUGGAAUUUUAUAAGAAAAUUUGAGGACUACAUUUUUUCAUGGAGGAAUCGAUAUAAAGUAUAUGGAAUAACUCAGAAUACGACAACUGGUCAUUAUAUGAUUGCAUUUGAUAAUUUCGGUAAUACAAGAGACACGAAGAAUGGAAAAUGUGCGCAGUGUAAACGUUAUAACACUUCAUUUGCCUGGUGCCAAUCAUGUGAUCCCUUUAAAACUACUCAAGGAUGGACUAGUGGGAAUAACGAUAUUGAUUGUUGUAUCAGAGAAAUUCAACUUAAAAUUAUCAACUACGAGACUGUAAUAGAAUGGAUUCCAUUUAAUAGGAUAUCUGACUUAAUAAGGAUUGGGGAAUCAAAAUUUCAGGCAACACGGUCAGAUGGAGUACGAAAAGUCGAAAAUUAUACACGGUCACGAACUUUACCACAUACAGUUGAACUUCAGACAUUAAACGGUCCACAAACGAAGGCAUUAGAUUUUAUAAGAAAAGACUACAUGGUUUUAUGGAAUAAUCGAUCCAAAGUGAAUGCUAAAUUUGGAGAAUGCACGCGAUGUAGACGUUUUAACACUUCAUUCGCCUGGUGCCAAUCAUGUGACCCUUAUAAAGCUAUCCAAGGACGGACCAGUGGUGAUAAAGAUAUUGAUAAUUGUAUCAAAGAAUUUCAACUUAAAACCAAUAAAUACGAGGAUGUAAUAGAAUGGAUUCCAUUUGAAAGGUUGUAUUAUUUACCAAUGAUUGGAGGAUCGACAAUUCCGUUAAUCUGGUUAGACGGAAUGCGAUAUACAAUAGAUUUCGUAAAAGAGUUUAAGAAUUAUAUGGAUAAUGACGACAAACAGAAAGUGUACGGGAUUACUUGCAAUGCAACGAUGGAUCAAUAUAUGAUUGUUAGCAAGAUUGGCUUAAAAAAUCAGGAAUACAACGAAUGUCCACAGUGCAAUCAACGCAAAAACUCCGAGGCUUGGUGCGAGUCAUGCAAUCCGAAUCUAAUAAAUCAAGGACUAGCGAAUGAAUAUUAUAUAAGAGAAUUUAAACUUGAUAUUGUUGAAUAUAAAAAUGUAAUCAAAAGAAUUCCUUGUGAUAAGCUUGUUUGCAUGAAAAUCAUUGGAGAAGAUUUAGAAUUUUCGGCAACCUGGUCAGAUGUCCAGCAAGAUUUAUCCGAGAAACUUACUGAAUCUCAUAUUAUUUUGCUCAAUACUUUGCCUGGUUAUCAGGCAGAGUUCGUGGACUUUUUGAGAGAAAUAAUUGGAGGGUGGACAAGUGGAAACGCAGACAUCGAUGGUUGCAUUAAAGAACUUCAAAUUGAGGCUACGGAAUAUGACAAAGUAAUUGAAUGGAUUCCUUUUAGCAGAUUGAGUAAUAUACAACAAAUCGGAAAAGGAGGGUUUGGAUAUGUAUUUUCUGCAAACUGGUUAGAUGGAAAACGAAGAACUCUGCAUGAAGACGAAAGAUAUGUACGAUCGCGUUUGCCACAGUGUACAGUAGCACUUAAAACCUUACCAGGCUCCUCAACAAGUUCUGCCGAUUUUUUAACAGAAUUUAAAAAUCAUAUGCAUUGUAGGUUAAAAGGUACUAGUCUCGAAGUAUAUGGGUUAACUAAAAGUACUGCUACAAAUCAAUACAUGGUAGUUCUUCAGUAUGCUAAUGGCGGAAAUCUUCGUCAUUAUUUAAAGUCAAAUUUUGAAAAACUUUACUGGAAAGAUAAAUUAUUACGGCUAAAGGACAUACCUAAUGAUUUAUCUCAAAUUCAUGAAGCAGGAUAUACAGUAUUCAUUGCGAUUUACACAGUGGAAAUAUUGUACAAAAUAACGACCCAUCUUGGAUUAUCACGGAAAAACGAAGAUUCUGAAAUUAAGAAGGGAAUUUAUAGAGUCAUGCCUUAUAUUGCACCAGAAAUUUUGCUAAGCGAAGACUAUACACAAGCAUCUGAUGUCUAUAGUUUCGGUGUUAUCAUGGCAGAAAUAAGCGUCGGAAUACCUCCAUUUAAUGGUCAUAAAUUUGAUAGCAAUCUUGCAUUAAAGGUUUGCAACGGGUUGAGACCAGGAUUUGCCCUAGGAACUCCUGAUUGCUAUGUCGAGUUUGCAAAAUUAUGUAUGAGUCUUAAUCCACAAAAACGACCUACCGCUAAAGUUAUUUUUAACAAACUUGAAGAGUGGUAUGAUCUUCUAGAUGACCCUGAUGAACUUGAAAUCGAUGAAAUUGAUGAACGUAAUGAAGCUGACAUAGAAAUUAUCAAUGAUUUCUGGAAAUCUGAUGAAAUAAUUAAACAACUGCCCAUGGCCUUGCAGAAACAUCAUGACCCUACUUAUACAAGUAAUUUUAUUAAUACUUAUGAUAUAUCUCGGCAAUAUAAAGUAUUUUCUGAAAAAAAUACACGUGUCUCUCGACAGUAUAACGGAUCAAUCAACAUUAAUACGACGGGUAAGAUUUCACUUUAUCGCUCGAAAUAUUAA